GACACGUACGCCAGCGCUCUGCUGCCAGAGCUGCGGAGUUUACCUUUCAGCGUCAGCAGACAUGGCGGCGUGUGGCUGGGAGGUCUGGCUGAGGGUUCAGACGUUUUCUUCAGACACGCGGAUGUUGCCACGAGAUCUAUGGAUGUUCUCCCAAGAUCUCUGGAUGUAGAUCCUGCAUCUGGGGAUGUGGCCACUAGAUCUUUGGACGUGGCGCAGCAAUCUGUGGAUGAGGCCCCGAAAUCCCUUGAUUUUUCAAAGGGAUCAGUUAAAAUUAAGCAUGAUUCUCCAGAUGCAACUGAGAAAUUGCUACUAUCUUCAUCAAAUUUCGUUAAAGGUAAAACUCCUGUCUCUACUCAGAAGCAACGCAAGGCUCUUUCGUAUAGCAACCGAUCGAACUUGCAGCGGCGGGUCUCUGGAAGAUCGGCGGGUCUUCGGCUCCCUGGCUCCGAAUAUUUCAAAUUUUCCCGCAGGAAACGAUCUCGAUCCCGCCGUCUGACGAGGAAUAGAGUCGAGCGGGAUGGAGGCAGCUUGUGGAACGAUUUUAAUAAUGGCUGUUUAUCUGCCGUGCGCGUCUUCGGACAUUUGCUGCCCUUGCCUGAUAUUGCUGAUAAGAACAACAGCAGCAGCAAGAAUAUGAGGCAUGCAGCUGGCUCAGUAACGUCUUAUGCAAACGUCAUCGCGGGCUGCACGUCGCCAUCUGUGUGCACCAACACCAGCUGUCCUCCACCUCUAACCUGCGGCCACAGCUGGGGCCUAGCAACCUGCGGGUGCGCUGUCGGCGAGGAACUGUCGCGUGACGGCACCGCGUGUAUAGACGUCGACGAGUGCCGCUACGACCCUUGCCUCAAUCUUGGCGUUUGUGUUAACACUCAACCAGGGUACGGCUGUGCCUGCGGACCGACACUCAACUCACUUGCCUCGGGCAGGGUACG